CAAAGUGACGUCACAUAAGACUGACCAACUACGAGAUGUUGAUAUGAUUUCGCAGAUUCAAUCAGUUAAGAACGAAGGCAAUGUGCUUCUUUGACAUGGGAUGGUUUGAUUUAUUUAGAUUUUGGUGGUACGCCCUCUUCAUAUAGAGAAAUCAUAUUUGGAAAGAAUCAGCAAAAGUCUAUUCAAAUAUAUUUUGAGUAAAAAAAUAAAAAAAAGAUUGCAAAGCUAUUCAUUGAUGAUUCAAUGUCGAAGAUAUUAUCUAAAAGGGGUGGAACUACUGCAAAGAAUCAGGAAAGAGGUGAAUAAAGGAGAGAAGCUAUUUCUAUCUAAUAGUCGUCAUCCAAUUGAUUAAGCAUUUAAUGGUGGAAAUCAACAUAUAUAUUGCAGCUCAAGCUCUUUCUAGAAUAUUGAAUUGAGUUACUUGUUUCAACUUAAUGUUGUUUUACGAAAGAUAGCACUUCAUCGCUAAAGUAAUCAAUUAUGAAAAUGGAGUUUCUUUAUUAUUUCAUAUUCUGGGGCUUUAUUCAUGCGGUCUUUGGUAAUAUGGUUCAUUUGAAAAAAAGCCAUUUAGAUAAAAUGCUUCGCAAUUACGACGCCAAUUUACGGCCACACAUGAUUGGAAGCGAAGCUGCUCCCACAAAAGUUAGAGUCCACAUAAACAUUAUUGAUAUAUUUGAUAUUAGUGAUUUAAAAAUGGAUUACGUAAUUCAGCUCUAUUUAAAAGAGCAUUGGGAGGAUCCUCGUUUACGUUAUCCUGACCCAGAAGGAAUUAUACAAAGUAUUCCUCUAAGCAGUAUCUCUAAAAUAUGGACUCCCGAUCUUUUCUUCAAUGAAAGAGAAGGAAAGUUUCAUCAAGUUCAAAGAUCUAACCGCUUUGCAAGAAUCUUCAACAAUGGAAAAGUCGUAUUUUCUUCACGAAUUACUCUGAAGAUGCAUUGCCCUAUGAAUUUUAAAUACUUUCCAUUUGAUCGUCAAAUAUGCUCUUCUGAACUAGAAAGUUAUGGAUUUGAAAAAAACGAAGUAUCUUUAAAAUGGACUGAUGGAACUCCCAUCGUAGUAAAUUCUAAAUUGCAUAUUACCAAUUUUGUGUUAGAAGAUUUUACUACUGGAUAUUGUGAUAAGCCCUUAAACGGAAAUUAUGGGUGUUUGUUGCUGAAACUGCAAAUUAAGAGGCAAUAUGGAUUUUAUUUGACUCAAGUUUUUGUGCCUUACGUCAUUUUAGUCGCUGUCUCAUGGCUUUCCUUGUGGUUGGAUGCAAAAGCUGUUAUUUUACGAUUGUCACUGAUUUUUGUUUUACUCUUUAUGAUGUUUAUUGUAAAUCUGCAAAUUCAACCUUUGAUUCCUGCAGCACCAUAUACUAAGGCAAUUGAUAUCUGGAUAUCUGUAUGCAUUGCUUUAGUAUUCACGGCUUUACUGCAGUUCAUUUUAGUUAAUCAGUUAGCACGACGUGAAAGAAGGGUGAGGAUAUCAGAAAAUCACGUAGCAAAGAAUGGUGGCUGUAAAAGGAGUAGCAAAAAGUCCUACAAAGUGCAAAACAUCUUAGAAAAUUGUUCUCAUCAUCAAAUACCACUAUCGAAGCGAAUAGAUUUCAUCUGUCGAGUACUCUUUCCAGUGGCGUUUGUGAUAUUUAACUGUAUAUUUUGGUUCACAUACAUAAAAGGAAGAGACAGCAAACACAUAAUUAAAUGAUAUCUUUUAGAAAUUCUUCUAUACUAUAAAGUGACGUGAAAAGUUGGAUUUUUGACAUUUACGCACUCUUCAUGAAAUUGUAAAUAACUUUUGAGAUUUGACACAGAUUUACUUAGAAGAAACUAUGAUUUUAUAUUAUUCAUAUAUUAUUGCUGUAUAGUACUUUAAUGUUUAUUCGUCUAUAAUUAUUAAAUAAGUAUUGUUUCUAGUACUGAUUUCUUUUUAUUUUUUGUUAAAUAAGUCUUUUUGUUUAUCGUUUUAUUAUAUUUUAUUAUCUUUAUGUUACUAUGUUUUUUUUUAUUUUUUUUAAAUAAAUUAAAGAAAGAUUUUAAAAAUAUUUUUUUAAGCUUUUAUGAAAUCCAAAAAUAAAGUAAAUGAAUAUGAAUUUUAAAAUCAAACUAGAGACAUUAUCUGUAUCUAUCUUUCCAAGAUGAUUCUUAAAUCUAAACUUCAUUGUUCUUUAAGCAAAAUCUUAUAGCGGUGAUGAUUAGUUUAGUUUUAAAAUAUGAAUUAUUUUAGAAACAAAAUAUUUUUUAAUCUUGUAUUGAGCUUUAUAUGUGUUUUAAUUGAAGUUGUAAAUAAAAUAUAUUAAAAUGUGA